AUGGAUGCCGUCGUCCAGCCGGAAUUGGAAUCCGCUACCGUUUUGACGGAUCAGCCUCGGAACGUUUCGGUGGUGAACGGUUACAUUGUUUACACUCGAGCCAAGAGGUCUCUCGAUUCGUGUAACGGUUGUUUUGAACUCGAGGGGUUGAAAGCCGACGCAGAGAUUACAGUUAAAACGGAUAACAGAGAGUGUGAGGAGCUGAGGAACGAGUCCUCCGAGGUGGUGGUGAGGACGCGCAAGCGCUACCGUCGAUUGGCGAAGGAUGAGUGUUGUGAUCAGAGUGUGGUGAGUGAGUCUGAAGAAGUUGCGAAUGGAGGGAGUGGAAUCAACUGUGCAUUGGGAACUCCUAGGAACAAACUGGAGCUGAAAAUGUCGAAGAAAAUAUUGGUCAACCGGAAGUCUAUGACUGUGAAAGAGCUUUUCGAUACAGGUUUUCUGGAUGGAGUCUCGGUGGUUUACAUGGGCGGCAUUAAGAAGGUUCGUUUUGACUUGCUUGCAUGA